AUGGGUCGAGCUUUGACGAGCGGAGGAGAGGGGAAACAACUUCGUGCCCGAGAGAGAGAUCGGGUGGAGAGGGCGGCGGUGUCUCGGCAUCGCAAGAGAGGAGAAGGGAGAGGAAGGGAAUUGGGGAAGAGUCGGCGUCAGGAGAAAGGGUUUGGCACAAAGAGGGGAAUUGGGAAUGCGACGGUGAGAGGAGAAGGAAUAGAGGAAGAGGGGAAGGUCGGCGGUGGUGCGAGGAGGAAAGGGGAGGCCGGCGGUGAAGUGAAACGGGAGGAAUUCGAGAAGAGAAGGGAUUCGGCGAUAAUAAGAAGAGAAAACGAGAUCGAAGCACUUGAUGAACUAGUAUUUGAUGAUGAAGUUGAUGAGGUAAUUUAUAGUGGUGACUGUGAGAUUUUGAUCUUAUUUGAAGAUGCAGCUUGUGCCAUAUCAGAAUACAAUAUGAAGAAAAGUGAGACUAUGGAUGUUGAAGACUUGGUGGACAAAGUCAGAGUUAGCCAAGAGCUAGGAUUUGCUCGGGAUCAGCCCUUGAAGUGGUACGCUUGGAUAAUGACAAGCCUACCAAACCCUAAAUUUUCAUGUUAUAGGAUUGUUCUAUCAAAGAUUAUCGCAUUUAUUUAUCUUCUUGAUGAUAUUUUUGAUGUCGAAGGAUCGGUUGACAAUCUCCAUCUCUUUGUACAGGCCAUCCAAAGAUGGGAUGACGUUUCAAUGAAUUCACUUCCCAACUACAUGAGGGCAUGCUUCAAGGCAUUAAAUAGCACUAUCAAUGAGAUUGCCCAGAUUGUGCUCAAAGAACAUGGAUGGAAUCCAAUCAAAUAUCUAAAGAAAUCAUGGAUACAAUUAAGCAAUGCAUUUUUAAUGGAAGCAAAAUGGUUGUCAAAAAAUCAAGUCCCGACAAUGGAUGACUACAUGAAGAUUGCAACAAUUACUUGUGGUGUUCCUACCGUCUUAAUGCACAUGUAUUUUCUAUUAGGGCAUCACACGAAGGAUGAUCUCUAUGAGGAUGAAAAACAAAAUGGGAGGGAUGACUCGUUGUUGUCUUGCAUGAUGAAGGAGAACCCACAUUGGUCGUUGGAAGUUGCAAAGGAAAAAGUGAUGCAAAUGAUAGAUGAAGCUUGGGAGGAGCUCAACAAGGAAAGCUUUAGUUCGUCGACAAGGGCUUGUUUGAAUAUUGCAAGGAUGGUGAGGGUGAUGUACAACUACACUGAAGAGCAUAACCUCCCCAUGCUUAAGGAGUAUAUAAACUUAUUGUUAUUUAAACAAAUUUAAAA